GUCAAGAGCCAGAAUACAAAAAAACUUCUCCUUUGCCAAUUUCGUCAAUAGGAACCAAAAACAAUUCAGUUACCAAGGGCAAUUUGCCGGCUGGUUGUGCCUUAAUGACGGACACCUUGGAUGGCUCCGGAAAUGGUUCUUCAACCCUCAACAGUAAUGGAAUUACUCAUAUUAUUCACGCUGGGCCAAAAGAACGGUCAACAUUUUCCAGCGAUGAGGAAUUUAUUGAAUGCGCAGUUAAAUCCGUCCAAAAUUGCAUGAUUUUAGCCGAGAGAAAUAAUUUCGAUAAAUUGGCUGUUCCUCUUGUGGGUGGCGAAAUAUUUCUUGGUAAGUGCGACCCCGAAAAGUUGGCCGAGGGAAUAAUCCGCGGAGUUGUUAAUCAAUUAGGAGAAUGUCGAAAGUUAGGGGUGAUAGAUGAAAAAGUUAUUAUAAUUUGUGCUGGUUUAAAUUAUGAAAGUGAUUACUGGAAAGAAAGGGAAAAAGAGGCAGAAAUUAAUCAAAAAUGA